AUGCACUUCACGGCCCUCCUUCCCCUCGUUCUCGCCCUCUCCGCCUCGGCCCUGCCCGUCCCCCGGCCCCGCCAUGUCCAAGGUAUCGACGUCCACCCUCAGGCAAAGGUCGAGCCUACCCCGUCCGCGGCUGUCGGGGAAUUUCCCAGUCCGUCGCCCAUGCCUCCCGCGGGCAAGAUGACCAAUGCGCAGAGGAUGGCGAUGGGCUUGGGGCCCAACGCACCCACCAGGCGAUCUACCGCGCCUCGCAGACGUGCUUCUCCCGUCCCUGUAUCCAACACCAACCAAGACUCCGUCAUCCAGGUCAUCUCUCAGACCGGCGACAACCUCGGUACAGUUACAGACAACGGGAACGGCGACACCCUUAUGACCUUCACGCCCGGCGGGACUCCCCUUCGGUUCACCAUUCCCAAGUCUGCCGGUCCGUUCGAGCUUGCACCUUCCGGCGACGAAGGUGGUCUCUUCGGCAGAGCGCGUCGCUUGCUCGGUGCGAUCCCUCAUAGACCUGACGCUUCUGGCAGCCAGUUGGGUCCGGGCAGUCCCAACUUCGCCAACAUCGGUCAAGACCCCUCCAACCCGCUCGGCCUCAGCCUGCCCCCUCUGCCCGCCGUCGACUCUGCCGGCGGCGUCUUCUCCGGCCUCCCCAGCAUGCUCGCCAAAGUCACCGGCGGCUCAGGCGGCGGUCUCGGCGGUCUCCUUAACGUCGUUGGGCCUCUCAACAUCCUCGGCGGUGGCGGCAGCAACGAUGGCGUCGAUGACGCCUCGUCGUCCGGUACCGGUCUGCUCGGCCUCCAACUCCCGGACGGUAUCGUACCCGAGGACGACCUUCCUUUCGCCGGCAGCCCUCAGAAACUCGCUUCGACUCUGCCUAUCCCCGAGUCGAUGUUGGCGCCGAUGAACCAGCCCGCGCAGAGCUCGAUCUGGACAUGCGACGCUGUGGGCAAUAUGGGCGCCAUGUGGAAGAACCCCUCUGGCGAAACAAUCCCAGCUACCUUCUUCACUGGCGGUCCUUGCGCGCACACUAUCUGUUUGACGGCGGACCUCAGCGUGCUCAAGAGCGUAUACGGCGAUGAUGUCAAGGGAGUGAAACUCGUCGCUGGCGUUCUCUGA